UUGAAUCGAGUUUAAGUGAUUUUAAAAGUGCAAAAAGAGCAACGCAUCACUUUCCAAAAAAUAGAGAAAAGGGAUUAAUAUAAAAUCUAUAAAACUCGUGGAAGCUGUCAGAUCCCCCAAAACUGUAUGGGAUCGGUGUUUGUGUUUUUUUAAAUUGAAGUGAUAAGAAACCUCCGGACCCGCUUCUUGUCCCGCCAAACUCCUUGCUGCCUGCAACUGCAAGAACUUCAUUGCACUCAGCGGGUCCCGAAGCCCGCCACUUGUCCCGGACUUGUCACUCUUUGGCACUCUGCUCGCGCCUCCGCCCCCCGACAAUGAAAAGGCGGCGGCUGGGGCGGGCAAAGCUAGGCUGGAUUUGGGCUCUCCGCAACCGCAGUCCCUUGUCCCCGCAUUCCUAAGCAAAAGGGGAAUCCCCUCCUGUGCUCACGCGUCACUGCGUGAUCAGCCAAUGAGAUUUCCGAGAGGGGAAUUCCCGCUCUGGUUGCCGCUCGCAGCAGUUCUUUAAACCCUGGUUUAGCAGCCUCGAGCAAAGCUCACCAGAAGGCGCUUUGGAGCAGAAACAGCAGCUUGUAGUGGGGAAGAUCCGGCGAGUUUAGGUGGCGUGUCUGAGAAAGGGGGCCAAGAUAAUAGUAGCUGGUUGGGCUGGAAAGUCUCCAAGUAGCUUGUGAGUCAGUGGGGAUGGAAUGGAAACUGGAGCGAUACGGCUUUCGGAGGGUCCGAACUGAAGAAGAGAUAUUGUGGGAGAAUGUCAUGAAAACGUUUGCAAAAGGUAUUAAACGGAACAGAAACCAAUGCUUACAGAAAGUUAGCAAGAGCCAUCUGAAUCCGUGGCAAGAUAACAGAGCAGGACGGCUGGAGCUGGCCCUGGAUGCAGUGGGAGACCUUGGCCUUUUUAUGCUAAGGUCUUCAACAGGUCUCAGUUUGAGAAAAGACUCAGACUAACAUGGAAAUGUUUUACAUAACUGCAUAUGUAUAACCUUUAUAAAAUGCUUGCUUUUUCAAUGGGAGGGGAGAGAAGGUGAAAGAUAAUUUUGAACUCAAAAUAAGAAAUGAAAAUUAAGAACUGUUUUUACAUGUAAUUGGAAAUUAAAGAGAAACCUAUUAGCA